AUGCCGUCUAUGCUAUCUCGUUCCAAGACGUCCACCGAUACGUAUUCUGCGCCCCAGCCGCCCUCGCGCCGGCCCUCGGAGCAGAGCAUACAAUCAAAUGGAGCAGGAGAAGAACAAAUCCCUGGCUUGCCGCCGCGGAGACCACCCCCGAGGUCAUCUCAGACAGAUCUACGUGACGCUCGGACGGCCGGAUUUGGCAACUUGAACAAGAUGCCGGCGAUCCCUGGGAGGCCAAAUAGUACACCAGCUGUUGGAGCGCCUCCGCCAAUCCCAACUGGGACUCGUCCGGAUCUCUCCAAGCUUCUAGCCACAAAGCCGCGGUUUGACGGCUCGGCAAUACCAGCUAGCCUCCCUGCUGGGUCAUCCUACACAGACUGCCUGGUAUGCCGGGACUUCUCAGCUCCAGACCAACACGCAGCACAGUAUCCUCGUCAUUCGCUUCCAACCCAGGAUUUAGGAUGGCUGGCAAAUGAGCUGACUGCUCCAUUCCCCUCAUUGACUGACAAGGCCCGGGCUAUAUUUACCUGGCUGCAUCAUAACAUCCGUUACGAUGUUGACGCCUUCUUCAACAAUCGCGUCAAACCCUCGACCCCUGCCAGCACUCUCGCCUCUGGCUUGGCAGUCUGCGAAGGCUUCGCCGGCCUAUUUGCGGCACUUGCCACGAAAGCCGGUCUAGAAUCCAUCGUAGUAUCGGGACACGGCAAGGGCUUCGGCCACGAAGAACUUGCGCCAAGUUCCCCUAUCCCCCCUUUCAGCUCUACCCACGCCUGGAACGCAGUCAAAAUCGACGGCGGACGCUGGAAGUUGAUUGACCCUUGCUGGGGCGGAGGCCACAUCCAAGGCGCCGGAAAACCCUACAUGCAAGUUUUCGAUCCACUGCACUUCACCAUGUCGAACGACGUCUUCGGCUUGAAACACUUCCCAUCAAACAAAGAGCACUUCUUCCGCGACGACGGUCGCCCUCAGAUUAGCUGGGAAGAAUACAUGCGCACGAACCCGGAUAGCCCUUCUGGCGGUUCACCGAUCAGAAUGUACUGCGGUGUCGGAAAGAACGACAUUAGCAAGAGCACUCUCUAUCCCACCGACGGCCGAAUCUCGGUUUACAACACACCGAGCCCUGUUCGCUUUCAAUUCGGUCUUCUAUGCGAACACUGGACACUCGCACGCCACAGUCGUCACAAGCCAGGUCUUUUCAUACUUUGUAUCCACGGCGUGGACGGCCGCAAAGAUGAGCGUCUACUCUUUAACCAUGUUCCUGGCUCUGGACCCGGUGGUGGCGGCGAGUUUUGGUAUGUGGAUGUUCCUGAUGCGCGCCAGCUGGGCGCACCGGGCCAGAAGGUGCUGUUGGCUGUUAUCACUAAAUUUGGAGAUCGAGAGGAGGAGGAAUGUCGCGGACUUACGGCGGAGGAGUAUAGGGCGCAGUUGGGAGGUGUUGUUAUGGCGUGGGCUUAUGUCGCUGAGUGGGAGUUAGUCGCAUAG